CAGACAUACACAGUCAGGGAGAGAGAGGGAGAGUGUGAGAGCAACUGCAAAGGAGAGACACCGAAAUUGAGAAUUGGACAGUACCUACAGAGAGACGUGAUGGAACCCAUGGGUGAUGUUCUCCAUCUUUUAGUCAUCCUGUCCUUUUUGGAGACAGGCAAUGCCAAAGUGAGAGACUUCAAAGCAGCAGGAGCUACAGCACCAGGAGAUAUCAUCAUUGGAGGGCUGUUUUCCAUCCAUGAGGGAGUAGAGGAAUCCCUGAACCUCUCAGCACCCCAUGCAUCACAGUGUGUCAGGUUCAACACGGAUGGGUUCACCCAGGCAUUGGCUAUGAUCCACGCUAUAGAGUCGGCCAACAGAUCCCCUGUCCUGACUACACUAGGGAUCUCUCUGGGGUACCGUAUCCACGACUCCUGCUCUGAUGUCACCACCGCUCUGAGGGCCUCAGCUGACUUCACACAGGAGCCAACCACUGACUGUGUGGGAGGGGCCAACACCUCUACCUGUCUCCCGCCCAUCAUGGCCGUCAUAGGGGCCUCUUCCUCUGAGAUUUCCAUCUCCGUUGCCCAGCAACUCAACCUGGAGCUCAUUCCUCAGAUCAGUUACGCCUCCACCGCCAUCAUCCUGAGUGACAAGAUCCGUUUCCCCGCGUUCCUGAGGACCGUGCCUAGCGACCUGUACCAGACGCGUGCCAUGGUCCGGUUGCUUAGCGACCACAAAUGGACCUGGGUGGGCAUGGUCACCACAGAUGGAGACUACGGCCGCUCAGCCCUGGAGAGCUUUGUCUCCCAGGCAACCGCCUCAGGGAUCUGUGUGGCUUUCAAGGAGAUCCUUCCUGAUUCGCUGACCAGCCCUGACAUCAUCUCAGCCGUCAUAAAUGCCAGCAACACCAUCCGCAGCAACCCCAAGGUCAAGGUGGUGGUGUCAUUCGCCAAGCCUACUCACAUGACGUACCUGUACCGGGAGCUGAGGGGUCAGGGGCUGGGGUCGGGGCUGGGGGAGAGGGUGUGGGUGGCCAGUGACAGCUGGUCCUCGUCCAAAGAGGUCCUGGGAAAGAUGGACCUCCCAGAUAUCGGCCAUGUGGUGGGUUUCACCUUCAAAAGAGGGGACCUGGCUCCUUUCCAUCACUACCUGAUGAAUCUGAGUGACAGCAAUGAUGUCAUAGGAAACAACUCCUUCCUAAAGGAGUUCUACUCCCUGCCAAACAGGUCGGGAGACCCCGGGGUUGUGUCCUCCUCCACAUCCGCAGCAGAGAUCCUGCUAAACAACAGCCAUGCAGACAUAGUCUUCAGUGUGGAGAUGGCUGUCAGUGCCAUCGCCCAUGCAGUGGCUGAUAUCUGCAGCAAAAAGGACUGCAAGACAGCAGGCACUGUCCAACCCUGGAAGGUGCUUCAAGCCCUGAGGGGAAGUCGGUUUGAGCUGGAGGGGAAAAGCUAUACGUUUGACCAGAAAGGGGACAUCAACCUGGGCUAUGAUGUAACCGUGUGGAGGUCUGUGAGAGGGGUCAUCAACAUCAAUGACGUUGUGGCUGAGUACCAUCCAAUCAACAACAGCUUCAGCUACACCAGCAGACACACCAAAAAUAUCACUGACCUGAGGGAUGUGGUGUCUGUGUGCUCAGCAAGCUGUAAGCCUGGGGAGUUCAAGAAGACUGCUGAGGGUCAGCACACCUGCUGCUAUGAAUGCAUCAACUGCACUGAGAACCACUACUCCAACAACACUGACAUGGACCAGUGUCUGUCUUGUGACACAAAGAGAGAGUGGUCCUUGGAAGGGAGCUCUGGGUGUACCAGUAAGACCCUGGAGUUCUUCUCCUGGCAGGAUGGCUUUGCGGUGGUGCUGCUGGCACUGGCGGCCCUGGGCAUCAUCCUGGUUCUCCUGGUGGGGGCGCUCUUCCUACACCACCACCAGACCCCCGUGGUGAAGGCUGCCGGGGGGCCUCUCUCCCAGCUCAUCCUGCUCUCCCUAGUGGGAAGUUUUGUUAGCGCUGUGUUCUUUGUAGGUCAUCCCAGCAGCCUCCAGUGUAAGACGCGUCAGGUGCUGUUUGGCCUCAGCUUCACCCUGUGUGUUUCCUGCAUCCUGGUCAAGUCCCUGAAGAUCCUGCUGGCCUUCCAGCUCAACCCUGACCUGAAGGACAUUCUCCGCCGCCUCUACCAACCCUACGCCAUCAUUUGUCUCUGUGUGGCCCUUCAGGUUCUCACCUGCACCCUGUGGCUGGUCCUGCAGAGCCCCCGGGAGAAGGCCACCGUCUUCGCCACCACCGUGCUGGCCGAGUGUGACGAGGGCUCCUACGUGGCGUUUGGCGUAAUGCUGGGCUACAUCGCUGUCCUGGUGCUCGUCUGUUUCGCCUGUGCAUUUAAAGGCCGCAAGCUGCCACAGAAUUACAAUGAGGCCAGGUUCAUCACCUUCAGCAUGCUCCUCUACCUCAUGUCCUGGGUAAUGUUCGUGCCCAUCUAUGUGACCACCUCAGGGAAGUACCUGCCAGCGGUGGAGAUGGUGGUCAUCCUCAUUUCCAACUACGGCGUCCUCAGCUGUCAUUUCUUCCCCAAGUGCUACAUCAUCCUCUUCAAGAAGGAGCACAACACCAAGAGUGCCUUCAUGAAGAACGUGCAGGACUUCUCCUUUAAGAGCAUUACUGACUCUAGCUCUGUCUCUGAGACUUCAGUCUCUCAGACAGAAGGGAAGUGUACCAGUCACACUUAUUCCAUCAGUUCACCUUCUUUCUGCAUGUCUCCUCCACCAAUAGAACCCACAGCACCUCAGAAUUUCUGGUCCGUUGGCCAAAACAUUCAGAGCAUUGACACUGCAACCUAUUGCACCAUAUUUGACCAUGGAGUGUUUGUCACAGGUCAGCUGACCCGACCAUACCGUCUGAGGAGAAGCAUGAGCCUAUGAGUGGAGUGGACCACAGUCUGGAACUUUAACUUCUCACGGUACAUCACACAGUGUGUCUAUGGUUCUCUCAUUGGUUUGACUGUUCCCAUUUUGCUUAGUCUGCUGGUAUGUUUUUUGCCCAAGUGGGUUGUUGAUUUGAACAUUCAAGGCAAUUUGGGUAACACUUUAUUUGACACUGAUAUGGACAGUGUCAUAAACAAGAAAAAACUCAGUCAUAUGGUGUUAUGUUCAUCUAUCAAUAUUUGUACUGGUUAAGCAUUAUUUGUGAACUGCAUAUGGUGUCGAUACUGUGUGAAACAUUCUAACUAAACAUCAUGGGGGAUGUUGGUAUUUGCUAUGGACAAACUGUCAUGUUGUGUGUUGGAUCCCUGAAUAGGCCGUUUCUAUGUGUAAUGUGUACAGUAACCAGCAUUUCUCUCUAUUAUGGGAGCUGAUGCAGCAGGAUACAUAUGAGAUAUUACAUUUCAUUUUGAAAACAUGUAUACGAUGAACACUAUAUGGGAAUUUGUGUCACUGUUUCUUAAUGCAUGCUUGGUUUGUCAGUGGACGUUCUUGAAGUUCUUACAUAUUUCUAAAUACUUUGAAAUCUAUUUCCACAUUAUUCAUGUAUAUUAUGAACUGUAUAUAUCCACAUUACUUAAUGUACAGUAUAUUAAAAGUUUGAAUGUGCA